UUCACGUUGAGUGGACUGCAAGCGUAGUUAUUGUCGCAAAAUUUUCUAUCUCGAAAGAACACACACUAUAAGCCAAACAAUAGUAGAGGAAAAAUUGCAGUGCACGCGUGGUGUAGAGAGGCGGAAACCAAGCACAUUUCAACGUAUGACAUGGCGUAUGAGUGACGUUACAACAUGUAAUAACUUAUGAAUCUCCGGCAAGGAAAUUUAUCAAAUAUUAUCUCAGCAGUAAUAUAACAGCGCAAAUGUACGUAUGUGUAUGUAUGUGACAAUCGUUAUUCUUGUUAAAUAAAUACAAACGCAAUACGGGCAUAGUAUUUGUGCAGAGCUUAGCGGCAUUAGCUGCUCUCAGCAUGGAUGAGUUCCCAGUUGUUCAAGUGCCAGUCGACGAAGUGCUCGAGGAAGCGGAAUUCGAACGUCUCUAUUCGGCACCCACCGGCAUCGUGGUGUUACUAUCCAUUUUCUAUGGCACUAUAAGUAUUUUGGCAGUUAUCGGCAACUCGCUGGUUAUUUGGGUGGUAGUGACAACACGUCAAAUGCGCACCGUUACAAACAUGUAUAUAGCCAAUUUGGCAUUUGCGGAUGUAGUCAUCGGUUUAUUUUGUAUACCAUUUCAGUGUUGUUAUCCUUUCCAGUUUCAAGCCGCUUUAUUGCAACGCUGGAAUCUGCCGUGGUUUAUGUGUGGCUUUUGUCCUUUUAUACAGGCAUUAACUGUUAACGUGUCAGUUUUCACGCUCACUGCAAUUGCCAUCGACAGGCAUCGCGCCAUUAUAAAUCCGCUUAGGGCGCGACCUACAAAAUGGGUGUCCAAAUUAAUACUCAUCGGCAUUUGGCUGGCAGCAUUUCUAUUCGCCACACCCUGUGCCAUAGCAUUUCGCGUUGAAGUGGAGCAUGAGCGCUACAGAGAAAACGGCAUUAUUGUCAAUGUUACCCGACCAUUUUGCAUGAAUAAAAACCUUUCCGAGAAGCAAUUACAAGCAUACCGUUACACGUUGGUGUUCAUGCAGUACUUUGUGCCGUUUUGCGUCAUCAGUUUUGUCUACAUACAAAUGGCGGUGAAGUUGUGGGGCACACGAGCACCAGGCAAUGCACAGGAUACGCGCGACAUAACACUUCUGCGAAAUAAAAAGAAAGUUAUAAAAAUGCUUAUUAUUGUUGUAGUCGUCUUCGGGCUGUGUUGGCUGCCGCUGCAAUUGUAUAAUAUUUUGUAUGUGACGUUCCCCGAAAUAAAUGAAUACCAUUUCAUCAGCAUAAUAUGGUUUUGUUGCGACUGGCUGGCGAUGAGCAACAGCUGUUACAAUCCGUUCAUUUACGGAAUUUAUAAUGAGAAAUUCCAGCGUGAAUUCAAUAAACGCUUUGCCACAUGCUUCUGCAAGAAACACAAGCUGCUGGAUGUGCCGGAGCGCACGCAGUCCGUGCAUACACGCGUCAGUUCCAUACGCUCCGGCAGUGUGCCCAACUCAUCCAUGCGGAUACGCAGCAAUUUGCACGGAGGCGUGAAUGGCAAUGGUGGCAGCAUAUCGGCAGCAAAGCCACAGACAGCAACAGCAAAUAUCAAUACCGCUACACACGAAAUCGGACACAACGAUAAUGCCGAAUCAUUAGAACUAACGAACCUCGAUUCAAAAACUCAAAGUGGUAUUGGAAGUAAUAACAACAACAACAACAACAGCAACUAUAAUACAAAUCCUUACGGCAGCAAUGUCAAUGGCAUGCAAUUGCAAGCCGCUGAAGUUAUCGCCGGCGAGCACACAUGUGUGGGCGAAACGGACGCAUUGAUAGAGCUUAAAGCGUUGUCACAUAAUGCGUACGAUGUGAGUAACAGCAUAUAGUGCCGCACAAGUGGCCGUUGAGCACUCUAGCGCUAAGCUAGUGCUGUCAAGCGUUAUGUUUAUUAAUAUGUAUGUGUGCGUGCGCUGCUUGAGCGUAAAUAUUCCCAGCCAAGUGUUUGGGUGCUUACAUUAAGGUUUUAUGCCAUUGAGUGGGAAUUAUGAGCUUGGUCCUGCAUUUAAGUAUUAUUAUUGCGUUUAUUGAUAGUUGUAACAUGGAAAUAUAUAUCGUAUGCUUUUGUUUAAGUGAAGCAGUUAAGUCGUAGCUAAUAAUUCAUUGCAUAACAUUUUGUUACAAAAUUUGUCGUUAUUUUAUGCCAACAGCAACUUGUAAAAUAAUAAUUAUA